CUUGAAGAUUCAGUUUGGUCGCUGUGCAUCACUCUCACACCUUCCCACCAAAUUCUCCUCUCCGAUUUCUGUCCUCUCUUUCUCUCUCUACAAGCUCGGGUAAACUUCUCCUCCGAAUCGCGCCCCCAUGGGUUUCGCAAGCAGCUCUUCAAGUCAAUGCUGCACCGUUCUCAAAUCUUGCGCAUUCUUGAUACUAGUAUCAGCCUUUCUAUCAACUGAAGCUUCAAUUCAUGUCUACGACCGAGAUCCACUCCGAGAAGUCGGCAAUGCUUAUCUCCUCUCCGGCGGCAGCGAAGGCAUCGCCGCCAACGGCCACCAGGGUCGCUCGUAUAUUCGAUUUGAGAACAUAACUUUCUGGAGGAGUAAAGAAGCUGCUGACCAUCAGCCCACUCUGGCAUACAAUGGUGGGUUGGUUCAAGUUAUUAUUUUUGAGGCAGAUGAUCGCGAUAAUAUUGGUGGAUCUGCUUAUGGUGGGCAGAGGUCUAUUUGUUGCACCUCUGAUCUGGCCAAACUGGAAGGAUGCAAACAAGGAGAAGUGAUAAGAACACCAUCAGCAAAUGAUAAGAACUGGCCUGUUGUUUUGAAUGUUUAUUUUAGAGGAAACAUGUUAUCCACCCAUAUGAAAAAGAAUAAGGAAAUCAACAUCAAAAGGACUGGGAUGUACAAUUUGUUCUUUAUAACAUGUGAUCCGAAACUCAAGGGAAUGAGGGUGACUGGACGAACAGUAUGGAAAAACCCUGAUGGCUAUUUACCUGGUAGAAUGUCCCCUCUAAUGAAGUUUUAUGCAUUUAUGUCUGUCGGAUAUGCCAUCCUCUGUGCUGUCUGGGUUUUCCAGUAUGUUAGGUAUUGGAAUGAUGUUUUACAACUACAACACUGCAUCACGUCUGUUAUUGCUCUGGGUUUGUUAGAGAUGACUUUCUGGUACUUCGACUAUGCAUACUUCAACAGCACUGGAACGAGGCCUGUUGGAAUCACAACCUGGGUUGUGACUAUUGGAGCCAUAAGAAGAACUGUUUCACGCAUUCUCAUUCUUUCAGUUGCUAUGGGCUAUGGUGUCGUCCGUCCAACCCUUGGCGGUCUAACAUCAAAGGUGCUUCUCGUUGGAAUCACUUAUUUCUUGGCAUCAGAAAUGCUGAACAUUGCAGAAUAUGUGGGGAGCAUAAAUGACAUAGCAGGGCGAGCAAGAGUUUUUUUCGUUCUUCCAGUUGCAUUCUUGGAUGCCUUUUUGAUUCUAUGGAUUUUCACUUCCCUUUCAAAAACACUAGAGCAACUACAGGCUAAGAGGAGUUCUAUUAAAUUGGACAUAUAUAGAAAAUUCUCAAACGCACUAGCAGUUACUGUUAUUGCUUCAGUUGUGUGGAUAGGAUAUGAGGUUUAUUUCAAAGCAACAGAUCCCUUCAAUGAAAGGUGGCAGAGUGCUUGGAUUAUCACAGCUUUCUGGGAUAUUCUUGUGUUUGCUUUGCUGUGUGUUAUCUGCUACCUCUGGGCUCCAUCCCAAAGCUCCCAAAGGUACGCAUACAUGGACAGUAAGGGAGAAGACGGAGAUGAUGAAGAAACAGAAUCCUUAUGUAGAGAAACUCCUAAAGGUAACAUCAGCUUAGUGAAGCAAGAUAGGAAGGACGUCGACACUUCUGAUCAAGAAGAAGCGGAGGAAGGUAAGAGGGAAUAAUUGCAAUGUCAUCAAUGAUUUGUCUAAUGCAAGAGGUGGAAUGGAGGCUAAUGACUGUAUGAAGCACUUACAAGACGGAAAAAACAGAUGGCGGAAUUUUACUGAUGCACAGUAAACAUAUUCAUUUUUGUUGUAGAUGUAUAGGUGAAAAGCGAAGCAUACAACAUUGAUUCUUUGCAAAAUUGUGGCUUGUGAGGAGCUGUAUCAAUGUGAAUUUGUAACAAUAUUAAAUCAUGGUGCCCUUCAACUGGGAUUCUGAUAUGCCGAGAAGAAUGCUAGUCAGCUCA